AUCAGUCCGACGGUGUACUUCUGUGUUGAAUUUAAUAUUCAAGUCGUUUUGGGUCAAAUAAGAGUUUUGACUCCUCCAAAAAGACAACUUUUUCCACUAAAUUGCUGAUAGAUUCUAUUUUUUUCUGUGGUUUUGGUUUAGGAGCGCACGUUGAAAUCUGUUGCCAAUCUACAUAAAUGACCUAAACAGGAGUUCCUAAUGUCCUGGUCUUGUAAUUUUCAUUAAGCUGAAGGAAGGGAAGCCCUUGUCCUUUGCCCCAGUGCUUGAAAACCAAUUUAAACAAAACAUGUGUUCAAGAUAACCAAGUUCCAAAAAAACAAUAAUCAAAAAUCAAAAACCAAAAACUUGAAUGUUUUUGUUUGUUUACUUUUCUGCCGUGUUAAGAAUGGACCCCGUUUUUCCAAGGCUGUUCUCCAAGAAGUAUACGUUUUUUUGCUGUUUCAUUUUAUGUAAGUCAGUUUUCUGCCAGGAGAGGACCCACUCUCAUGCUGAAGAAAACCUCUUUAAGGAUCUCUUCGUCGGCUACAACAGGUGGCCCAGACCUGUCCGUAAUAUUUCUGAUGUCGUAAUUGUCAAGUUUGGGCUCUCCAUUGCACAGCUUAUAGACGUGAAUGAGAAGAAUCAGAUGAUGACAACAAAUGUUUGGCUCAAACAGGAGUGGAACGACUACAAGCUACGAUGGAAUCCUGCAGAUUACGACAACGUUACAUCGAUUCGGGUCCCCUCUGAAAUGAUCUGGGUGCCAGACAUCGUACUGUAUAACAAUGCAGACGGGGAGUUUGCAGUGACUCACAUGACGAAGGCCCACCUGUUCUACACAGGCAUGGUACAGUGGGUGCCGCCAGCCAUCUACAAGAGCUCAUGCAGCAUCGAUGUGACAUUCUUCCCCUUCGACCAGCAGAACUGCAAGAUGAAGUUUGGUUCAUGGACCUAUGACAAGGCCAAGAUUGACCUGGAGCGCAUUGAGAUGAACGUGGACCUGAAGGACUACUGGGAGAGCGGAGAGUGGGCUAUCAUCAAUGCUGUGGGCACCUACAACACCAAGAAGUAUGACUGCUGCCAUGAGAUCUACCCGGACAUAACCUACUUCUUCAUAAUCCGCCGCCUCCCGCUCUUUUACACCAUCAACCUCAUCAUCCCCUGCCUCCUCAUCUCCUGCCUGACUGUGCUGGUCUUCUACCUCCCCUCUGACUGCGGUGAAAAAAUCACCUUGUGCAUCUCUGUGCUGCUCUCCUUGACCGUCUUCCUUCUCCUCAUCACCGAGAUCAUCCCUUCCACCUCCCUGGUGAUCCCUCUGAUCGGGGAGUACUUGCUUUUCACCAUGAUCUUCGUCACCCUCUCCAUUGUCAUCACUGUGUUUGUGCUCAAUGUCCACCACCGCUCGCCCAGCACCCACAAGAUGCCCAGAUGGGUUUGCACCGUCUUCCUGGACUUCAUCCCCCGUUGGCUCUUCAUGAAGCGCCCGGCCCCAGACAAGAAGGACCACCGCUUCCUGCAGCAGCACCAGCGCAGCCAGUCAAGUGAGUUCAAGCUCAGCACUUCCAAGCACUGGCUGGAGACCGACAUUGACUACAAGUAUGAAGACGAGGAACUGGGCUUGCCCUCCUUCUCUCCACCACCAACCGCCUGUGCCCGCCAGCCCGCAGGUAUCCCCUCUCCCCACAACCACAACCACAACCUUCACCACCGACUGGACGGGACCACUCGCCACCUGGGGGGCAGAGUGAACCCCACCCAGCGGUCCGCCAAGAUAGACAACCUGGUGUCAGACUCCAUCUUCCCCUUGUCGCCCAGCAUCCUCCAAGCUCUGGAGGGUGUGCACUAUAUUGCGGACCACCUCCGUGCAGAGGACGCUGACUUCUCGGUGAAGGAGGACUGGAAGUACGUUGCCAUGGUGAUCGAUCGGAUAUUCCUCUGGAUGUUUAUUAUCGUUUGUUUGCUGGGGACCAUCGGACUCUUCCUUCCUCCGUGGUUGGCUGGGAUGAUUUAAAAUUCGUUUUUAGUUUUUUGUUUUGUAUUGUUUUUUUUAAAGACUUUGCACAACCAUGAGUGGCAUGGCCUUUAACCCCAGUGUGUGCUACUGAGAGCAAACUGUGAUACUAAAUAGAAGGGCAAGUGUCUGCUGUGAGGAGGGCUGGUUCUUCACCAUGAAGAAGGGGUCUGCUUUAGCACUGCUGACACAGACAAGGAUGUGAGCUUCUGAUUGAACAUAAAUACACUGCUCCUCCUUAUUCUGGACAGUUUCAUUCUUACUGCUCUGCUGUUAUACCGAAUUGACUAUUGUUAAAUGCAACAAUGUACUGUACAAUAAAGUAGUACGGAAUACUGGCAUAAUGAUGUUUGUAAAUAUAUAGAUUAAGAGUGUUGUUUAGAGGCAGGAAGAUAAUGAUUUAUCAUAGACACUGUAGGUUGCCACAGCUUUCCCAAACAGUGAACAUAAAGCAAUGUUAUUCUAGCCACAACCCCAAGCCGAACAGAUAUGCAAAUAUGACAUUUCGCAUGGAAAGCACACUAGCAGAUACCAAUUGUAAGGUCUCUGCUGGUUCACUAAACCCAUUACCAUUGUGUUAAGAUUGUUUUCUUUUACGCACUGGGCACCUUUGUGCAGCUCAAUUUUAUAACCUUUCAGAUUAGCAGGGCAUUGAAAAAACUUCCAUUAAUGUAAGUCAGCCAUCUAGCAGGUUUCUUUACCAUGUGCAGAAUGAGGGCAGGAGGUAAUCAGUGUACUGCUAUUACAGGGAAAGAUAAAACACCCAAUUGAGGUGCAGCCUUAUCAAGAGCCAGGCAAUCUGUACAGUGGCUUUCUUCUCUAGAAUGCCAAGCAUUUCAUUUGGGAGCUACAGAAGUGAGAUAAGCAGAGAUGCAAAACGUUGUACAGGACGUUUUGUUCGGAAAUAAUCUGGGUGUAUUAUGAAGCAAUGUGAUGGAUGUUAAGGAGAUGAGCCACACGACAUGUGAAUACAGUGUAUGAGUCAUGUUAGAUGUUAAUCAUUUGACUGAAAAAGCAAAUAUUUAUCCCCGCUUUAAAGGGACCUGAUAGCAGGUUAUUAGUCAGAAUAUAUUCGUCCCAGUCUGCAACUGCAACCAAAAGUCAAAGACCACUGUAUUUAAGGAAUGGCUAAUGUCCCGGGAGACAACCACUGAUCAUUCUAUGUGUGGCCAGAGUGUCUGGCUAGUGUUUUUGGGUUACAUAAAAUAUGGUUAUUUUAAAUGACAUUAACCCCUCCUCUCCACUACUUAAUAAAUAUUUUUGCUCCGGUACUAGUAUAGACCUUAAACAUAGGAAGCAUGCUACGUCACAACAAAGGAAUGCAAAAUAACCCAUUUUCAUGAGAAGUUUUAUGAGGUUCCAGAUGGAAAACCGGGGCGUUUCAUACCCUGGCAACUAGGGCGACUGCUAAUUGACACCAAUACAGUAUUUAUGUCUGUAAAGGGCCAAUGGUAGAGAGAUUUUUUUCUUUUUUUUUAUGCACACUGUAAUUACACUUGAUAAGAUGAACUGACUACAGACAUAUACCUGAAAACGUUUCUGUGUUGCGUUUCUCUGUUCUCUCACUUUCUCAUUUCGGAGAGACGUGCUUCCUUGUUGGGUUAACUGUACGAAUCAUGCAUUUUUGAGUGCAAAUUAACAUGGCUAGUUUGCAAAAGACUGAAAUGUUGGUUGAUAUUUUAAUAAUUCAAAUUUGCAUUUGUAUGCCUUUUUUCCUAUUACUACUGUAAUGUUAUUGUAACAUAAAAAGUAUUCAAUGAAUAAAUAGCCUACGCAAAAUUCAGGAAUGACGGUUUGGAAUGACCAGGCUUCUAGUUUGGAAAAGAGUUUGAGAUGACAACCGAAAACUGGUUCUGACCUCAGCAUCACAGCCUGAGUGGUCUUGGUUUUUAAUGUAUUGUAUAGACUUUGCACUGCAGUAAGCAGUUUCCAAAAAUUAUGAGCACAUGAGUUUGGUACAGAAUAGUUAUAUUACAUUUUGCACCUGGGCAAACCAGGUAACAGUAAAUACCUCCACAGAUCUACUUCCACUAUUUCAUUAUUCAUUUUAAGGGUCACUUUUUAUUUUGAGGGCCCCUUUUUUUGUUUAUUACCUGUGAACAAACAUUGUCAAUUUAUAUCUAAGGGUUAGGCUUAGGCUUAACCUGAUUUAAUUUGCUAAACAUUACUACAGUAACAAUUUGAACCGAUUCCAAGCAUAUGAUCGACUGAGUGUU